ACUAGAGCAAUCAACCCAUAGGGAGGAAAAUUUUCAUUCAAGGAUUGUGUUCUCAGGUGACUGCAGCGAUUUUCGUGAUUUUCUUGUGACUUGUAACGUUUAACCAUGAAUUUGUUCAAUAUGAGCCACACUUUGGAGUUGGUGCUGUUAUUCACGAUAUUUCUAGGCUUACACUUUUCGUCAGCCCUUCAAUUGGAGGGCCUUUCUACUAAAAAGCCAAGAAUUACUAAGUAUACCAUGAAGCCAACAUCUGCGUCAGCGACAUCAUCACCCUCCUCGUUGUCACUUUACCGACUAAACGGGACCAGUGGGGCGACAUGCAUUUUAAUACAAACUGAUGGUCUCCUUAGUAUUCAAUAUCGUGAUAAAUAUGGUGAAGACAAGGAAGCGGAUACGUUUAUGCCAGGUCAAAUGGAUAUAUCCGGUGAGUGUUGGGAAGACGAAUCAAGGAUAACGUUAGGGUGGAAAGGAUUUGUCUUAAAUAUGUAUUUCUCAAAGACUCCUGGAGGUGAAAGGUGGUAUGUUAACAACGUGGAACUGAUUUAUACAUCCAACAACAAAAUCUUCGAACAUAUUGAUCGUCCAGGGUUAGACGUGAAGCUGUCGACUCCCCCGGGAACAUUACUCUUCCCAACACCUGUCGGUAAAUCAUACACGUGUGAUCAGGAAGUAAUCAUCACAAUGUUUGCACAGGAUGAAAAUGACAAAUCAGGGCAUCUUGCAAAGCUUUACUUACGUGAGCUGAAGAUGCAAAGUUUUAUGUAUAAAUCGUCGAACACGUGGGGACCAACAUUCCAAUGCAGUGCAAACGGAACAUAUCGAGACGAGACGGCUCCGAUUGCCGUAGGAUCUACCCUUGCAGUUGCAACCGUAUGUACUGUCGUUGGAUACGGACUCUGGAGAUACUUCAAGGUUAAGAAAUUCCAAUACGGAACCAUGGCUUAAGCUGUCGUCAAUUCAAACUGAGCGUCUGUGAGAUGUUUGCAAUCGCGGCCAAAUUAUUCCUGAUCUCAUUCAUUGGAUAAAAUCACUAGCUACAUAUCAAACUAGUGCGUACUGGAUCUGGAUAACUUUCGGAGCCCUCGAGCAAGAUUCAUGCAAAAUAUUCAAUUACCAUAUUAUAAUGCACUAAGGUGUGCUAUUUCGUUCGAUGACGGAUAACAAUUAAUGAGAUUAACAGAUAUUUACUAGUUUGGAGCGUACAAUGCUGUAUCAAUAUUAUUAAACUUAUAAGACACAACCAUGCGAAAAGAUAAAGUCUUCCAUUUUCAUUUAAAUGAUGUUAUCUAGUAAGUGAUUAAGAAUAUACUGAAACUAGUGAAAAUAAGCUUUAGUGUAGUGUAUGUAAAAGUUCAAAUUCGUGUGCACAUACAAUGUUUUGAAUCUUACCGUUUAAGGAUCUAUUGUAAAUAGUUACGAAAACCAAUAGCUUCGAACAACUAUAACAGCAUUUACCUACAUAGAUACAAUCAAAUACUCCGAGGCAUGCUGCAGUCCUUUCAUCCUAGCGCAUAAAAUACAAUUAACAGCAAUUGUUUUAGAUUCUGCCGAAGCCAUCUACUGUUUCCAAUUUUAAGUGUGAUGUAUCGAUUAGCCAUGAUUCAAUAUUUAUAAUAAAGUUUAAUAAUGUUAGUUUACGCCACGUA